CAACUGAAUUAGAAUCUAUUUUAACAAGAAUAUCCAGAAGAGUGAGAAAAAAAAUGGUUUUAACAAACUGUUCUGGAAACUAAACUGGUAAUUAACAGGAUAAAAGUAAUUGUAUUGAAAUGCUUUGCUUCUGUGUGGUACAUCCAUCCUUUACUCUGUAAAAUCUACAUUUAUUUAGGAACAUUUGAAAAAUCACUGACAAUGAAAGGAAUGUUUUGCAUGUAGAUUUUUCUAGAUGCGUAUCUUUUUCAUGUGUCCGUAGUCUAUGGAUCUUCUAGUUAAUAAGUUUUCUUAGGUACCCCAACUUUAGCAUGUCUUGAUGUAUUUCCGGUCUCUUGACUCAUGCCUGUAUGUCAGAACUUCAUGAUAGUACUGUCACUACCAUCGUAAACAAGUAAUGUGACCAUACCCCCUCCAUUGUGACGGUGAUAAAGUUUUAUCUAAUUAUUUUAUAGGUGUAUUUUGUAUAUGUUGGGGGGGGAAAUGAAGAUAAUAAAGAAAAGGCAGCUCUUCCACUGACAACUUGGAAGGAAAUAAUUUCCCCUUAUUUAGCAUUAGAAGACCAGCUCAUUCUUCAAGUCUUCUGAAACAAAAUUAGAUGUGGUAGAGGCCCAGGAGAAGGUUGCAAAACUAUUUUUGAAUGAGUCAUCAUCUGAAGAGUUGAACUACCCAAAAUGAUCCAAAAACAUGCAAAUACAGAAGCUGAAUUCAUUAUUAGUAAUAUUGGCCAUUGGAUUUAGAAAUGACUAGGGAGAAUGGAUUGGGGAGAUAAAUAUUCCCAUACUUCUUUUGACCUACAUUGUUUGUUAAAUUCACUUCCUGGAGACUUGGAGUUUAAGCAGAUCUUCAGUGACAUUGAUGAAAAGAUAGAACAAAAUGCUACAAGCAUAGAACAUUGCAUUAAAGAAAUACAAUCUGAAGUUAACAAGCAGUGUCCAGAUGUGCAGCUGCAAACGACAACUGACUGUUUUGAGUGGCUAGAUAACUAUAAUUAUAAUUCAUCCAAGUCACCUUCCAUUCCCCAUGGAGAUUUGAUAAAAUUCCUCAAAACACUGCAAGAUUCGUUGAAGAGUGAACUAAAUCAAGAAGAAGUGAUACUGGAUUUACUUUGGGAUCUCUCCUGCCAGAGCAGCGUUUCGUUCCCGGCAACUCUAAGUGGAGCAUCUUUCCAUUUCCUCUCUCGGACUUCUCUUCAUUCUGUGGAAGAUGAUUCCUCCAUGGAUGUACAGUCUAUCUGGGAUAACGUAAGACUACAUCUUCGACGCUUCUUAGUGAACAAAUUACAAAGCCAUAAUGAAAUCAUCAAUUCACAGCACAAAAUUUGGUUGAAAAAGCAGUGCAUACAACAACUGUUGUUUCUUUAUCCAGAAUCAGAAGUUAUAAUCAAGUACCAAAGCAUACAGAAUAAACUGUUGGCUGAGCUCCUGCAGAACUGUUUUCCUGCUUAUAGCAGAGAAUUGAAUUUAGACAUAAUGGCUCAUGGAUACCAAAGUACAAUGCUUAGGUUGUACUCAAUGAUAAAAGAAGAUUUUAACACACUACACGAAAUUUUAGCUCCCACCUCAACGUUGAAAUUCAUUAAAGAAACUUACCUGGAUACUGUUGCAGAAGAAAUGGCAAAGUUUCUUGAAAAUUUUUGUGAGCUGCAGUUCAAAGAAAGUGCUAUCCGUGUGAUUAAAACAAGCAAGAGCUCCAGCAGGCAUAGAGGAUCAGUGCAUGCUUUGGUUACACCCGAAUGUUCACAGAAAGGAAGAAACUUUUUCCUCUCCAUAAAUGAACUCAAAUUCUUAGCACAGCUCGUAAAAUCCUUUUUGAAGCUGGAAGAAAAUGUUGAAGAAUUAUUGGAAGAAAUAUUUAUAUCACUCAAGACACCCAGAAAUCCUUCAGGAAUUUUAGAAACAUCCAGUUGGAAAGUUGUAACAGAGAAACCUAAAAGAAAUGCAACUAGUGUUCCUUCAGAGCAAUUGCUACCAGUAAAAGAGGCUACUUUACCAGACUUUCGUUGGCGAAAUGCAUUUAAAGAAGUGUCUCUUCCUGUGGCACAUUGUAUAACAGCAGCAACUGAAGAUUUUUCCACAAAAAUUCUCCAACAGGAACAGAAUGAAAGGUCUUCAGCUGUAACCUAUGCUAUGAACCUUGUAAAUGUCCAGCAAGUCUGGCAAGACAGUCAUGUGGUUCCGGAGGAGGACCAACCAAAGAAAAUUGCAAAGUUUUGUUCUGACAUCAUGGAAAAACUUGACACAAUGCUUCCACUGGCUCUGGCAUGCAGAGAUGAUUCUUUCCAGGAAAUUAGAGCAAACUUUGUGGAGGCCUGUUGUAAAGUGGCAACAGCUGUCCUGGCGAGACUGCAGGAGAGGGGCAAGGAGUUUCCUUCCAGAGCACCCCUGACAAACUUACACACAUUGCUCUCCACAGCGGUAUAUGUCUUCCAGCAUUUUACGCAUUUUGAUAAUUUGUUGAAAGAAAAUACUAAGAAACCCAUAUUCCUGGUGCCUGUCCAACGAUAUCAGGAAUUCAUCAACACUCUACAGUUUCAGGUUACGGACUACUGCGUCAGAGUUUGUGCUACAAGCAUUUUACAGGAUGCUGAGAGCCACCACUGGGAUGACUACAAAGCUUUUUAUGAGGGGGAAAGAUGCUCCUUCUCACUCCAGAUGUGGCAUUAUUUCUUCUGCGCUCUUCACCAUGAUCUCUGGACCAUUCUGCCCCCGAAGUUAGCCCAGGAAAUUCUAACAGAUGUGCUGGAGAAAUGUUUGGGUCUACUGGCCUCCAGAUAUGCUCGGGCCCAUCCCAGUUAUAAGAGAACUCCACAGAUAAGACUUGAUGUCACGACAAUUUUAAUAUGCACUGAGAACUUAUUAUGGUCAAUUUGCACAUCUGUACAGAAGCUUUUGAAUCCCCAUCAGUAUAUAGAUGAUAAAAUUUUUAAAAUUCAUACCCAUUGUAAUAAUCUGUUUACAACAUUAGUCAUUUUGACUUCACCAUUAACUGAAUUAUAUCAGACUUUUCAGCAUGGCAUGGAUGACUCUGCUUCAAAUUCCAUCAAACCAUUUUUUAAGCAACCAUUACAUUGGUUUUCUUGCAUAUCACAUUUCUACCCUUCUUUACUCAGGGCUCCAUCAUCUGGACGACUGACAGCCGAGGGUCAAUUGAAACUGCUCUUAUCCCAGCCAGGUUGUAAUUGGAAACUGCUUCUGGAAACCCUACUGCAACAAGAUGGUCUUUUACUGAGAAUCUUGCUGAAGAGCUCAAAAUGUACCUUUCAAGAGCAAGGUUCUGAUACAGAUGAUAAUCUGAACCAAGGAUCCAGCUUAAUAGAAACCAUCUUUAAAGUAUUGUACCAUUGCAAUUUUUCUCCACAAACAUUUGGAAAUGUUUUUGUGAGCUACAUGGAAGAAGAACAAUUAUGGAACUUUCUAUAUAACAUUCCAGUCUCAACAUGCAUGGAGUCCGAGCCAGAGGUCAUCCGAUGCUUGAGAUUGGCACUGACUGAUGCUAUCAAGGACAUUGUACAGCAGAUAGUAUUUGUGAUGAGGUCUGGGAGAAACUGUGGGCCCAACCUAAACAAGCACAGUGUUCCUGAACGUUUGCGUGAGAGCAUUCCAAAGGAAUGGAAUUAUACUCCAAAAGAAACUAAGAGGAAAGAAUCAAGCAAAGGCUUCACGAGGCUUGCUGCUCAGGCAGUAUCUAUUGUAAUCAGCGAGUUACCUACGGUGAUUGCAUGUUUGCCUCCCCCAAUUAAAUACUUCUUUUUUCUGUCUGAGAGAAAAAUGUCAAAAAACUUUGUUGAAUUGAAGAAAGCUAGCCUCCUUGUCUGGAACUUGAUUGUAAUUAUAUGUCAGAUAUUUGAGGAUGGAAACACUGUGGAACUUUUAACAGGUGCCUCCCUUGACAGAUGGAGUAAAGAGAAACUUGGUUUAAUCUGCUUGUGUUUGGAAAGUAUCAUGGGAAAGCAGACAAGUGACCCUAAUCAAAUGACUCAAAAGGUCAUACAGAUCAUUGAGCAGCAGAAACCCAACUGGAUUGAGAGCCAGUUGGUGAAGGCAAGGAAACUGAGCACCAAAUGUGCAUUUAUGACAAUGGAGAAAAGCACAGCCUUAGAAGAAGGAGAUAGUGCUCUUGAACUGACUGAGCAGAAAAUAAACAUGAUGGUCCUGGAUAUCUGCCACAAACCAGGUGGCAGCGAGUACCUGCGGCAAAUUUAUCACAUCAUGCGGCUCAAUGAGGAAUAUUUAAAAGAACAGCUGUUUUCUAUGAAUGGUUCAGAGGAAAAGCCAUUACCCAUCAGACCUUUAAAGACAACCUUGAGGAGUGUGGAAGAUCAGCCUUCUGCCUUUAACCCUUUCCAUGUGUACAAGGCAUUUAGUGAAAACAUGCUAGAUCAGUCAGCCAUCACAAAAUGGAGCUGGAAUUGGUCAAACUUGCUGCCAAAUUAUCUGGGACUGGAUAAGAUGACCUUCAGUGUACUGCUCAAAAACAGAACCCAAACCCUCUGUGAUGUUUUUCUGCAAAAAGUUUCAACAUUGGUGCAUCCACGAGUAGUUGUCAUAGACCCAUUGACUCAUUUUGGUUGAAGAUGAAAAGGCCAUUGACUGCUUUUUAGGCUUAUUGGUCACCAUAGAAUGUUUUUGUUUAUGUUGCUACAUCAGCGUAAAGACAGGAAAUUAUCUCUGAAGAUAUUUUCAUUAUGACAUAAUUAUGAGAAGGAUUUAAAUGUUUGCUAAAUAUAAUGAAAUAGUAUAACAAAUGUGAACAAUAAUUUUCACUUUCUUAACAUUUGUGAUAUUAUUAUUUCAGUACUUUUCUGUUGUGUUGUGUGUGAAACUAGUUAGGAUGUCCAUAGUGCUUUCUUAUGUUGUCAAUGAGACUCUCACCUUUAUGUACCCUGAGGGGCAGCCUUAAAUCUGAUUUUUCCCCCAAAAUAGGAGCUCUGGUGAAAAA